AUGCAGUCAAUGAUCCGUCAGGGCGUCUUUGCCCUGCUUGCCCUGCCCCUCGCUGGCGGGAGGGCCCUGACACCCCAUGGCAUCAACAUUGAGAGCCUUGCGGGGGUGGAGAACAUGCCAGCUGCAGUGCAGGCUGCAGCCAGUGGAUCAUCAAACACUCAGCUGGGAAGUGUGGCAGGAGCGCUCACAAAUCUGCUGAAGCAUGGUGCCGGUGCAGAGGGCAGCAACAACUCAGCCGUCGUGUCCACGAUCCUUGAGAUCGUCAACGUGACAAUGCGGGGUAGGCUGCUGACUGCGCACAAGCACAGCGUGGACAAGAUCACGGCAGCUGCAAACGAGUAUGAAACCUGCCUGGCUACCUACAAGGCUGCCGACAAGGUGCGAUUCCCUAAAGUUUCGCUCCUGCAGGGAGAUUCUUGGGAAAAAGAUGAAAUCGAGGACUUUUUCCAGGCAUAUACCUGGUGCAAAAAUUACGAAGAGAACGUGACCAGCGGGAUCAUCCAGUGCGAAUACACCUGCCAGAACGAGACAGUCUACGAUUGCAAGCCCAUUAUAGCGGAUACAUGCAGUAAGCUGGACUGUGCUCCAGUCUCCAACGAGGGCUAUCGGGCCUAUCUGGAGCGCAUGCUCAGUUCCCUGGAGAAGCGGCUGGAUGAUAUGGAGAACUACACCUACCACGCAGACAAGUCUGAAAAGUGCAAAAAGCUCCCAGAAUUUGUGCAUAAAUGCUAUGAGAAUUGCAAUGGCCAAAAGAAAGAAAUCGCGCCAAAGAAUGAGACCAUGCCGGGUGCGUGCUGCGCCCCGCGGGCCUCUGCAGAGACGGAGACCUGCAAUGUGCUCAAGAGCAGGAGGGUUGCCUGGGAGGACUACGACUCCUGCUACGAUGCAGCUGCGACCAACUGGGACACAGUCAAGACCGAGCACGAGGCUGAGGGUGUUUCUCGCAUGGCCCAGAUGCGCUCGGUGCUGCGUAUGACCUGUCUGAUCAGUUCUUUCGGUCCUGACCAGAAGACAAAGCUGAAGGAAUGCAUGGAGAAAAGCUACGUCAAGGAUCCUGCUGUCCUGGCGAUGCAGAUCGAUGCAGGUGAAGUUGUAACCUACCACGACAAGCUGGACAUGUUCACCUGCAACGCCAGCGAAGUGCCAGGAACUGAUGAGUUCGAUGCGAUCCAUUACAAGGAUUUGCCCAAAGGCAUCGCUGCUUGCCCGGCUGUCACCUGCGAGGAUGCCUGUGGCCUGGCUGACACUUCCAAGAAGUUCCAGGAGGUCGAAGUGUGUGUCGCCCUGGAAGCUUGGCAGUCCACUCCUAUCGACACCGCCAUGGGUUGGAGCAAGAUGGGCACUGCCUAUGCGUUGGGCGCCGAUGUGACCUGCGACAGCAAGUUCUUCUGGAACGUCGGCUCGGGGAGCUGCCAGUACGCCAAGUGCCCGGACAAUGCUCUGCGCAACAUAGAGGACACUGCUCCCAACGUCUCGUCUCCUACCAAGGGACCUGGGCUCUGCCCAUGCAAGACGAAGAUGCAGCGCCGCAUCCAGGAAGCUGCAACCAGAAGCGCAAGCACAAAGACUAGCACGUGCUUCGCUCCGCUGAACGCGGGCGAUGCUGUGUACUGGGACCUUGGAGCCUCUCAGCCCCUUGGAAAGGUCAAUGCAACUGUGAGCCACGGCACCUCGGAGAUUGAGGUGUUUAUCUCGGACAAUGGCCCUGGAAACGCCCUCUCCAGCUCAGAGUCCUGCGGAAAAAUCACAGCGGAUCGUGUGGCUGACUGUGUCUCACACUCUGGUGGUCGCUUCCUUGCCUUGAAGGGUGCGACAUCAGGCUCUUGUCUGCUCGGCGAUUGCAAGCCCUCUUGGUGCGAGAUGACUGUGGAAGGCUCCUCAAUGACCCAGGAGCCGAUGAAAACGACAGGCAACAAGUACAUGGGUCAGGUCGUGACCACCGCCUGA